AUGCCAGUACCAGCUGAAACAAAAGCAGCAGCAGCAGCAACAACAGCAACUUCACCAGCAUCAGCAGCACCAACAGCAGCAGCAACACACGGAGCAGCAACAGUAGCAGCAGCAGCAGCAACAGCAACAACAGCAACAGCAGCAGCAGCAGCAGCAAACCAAAGCAUAAUAUUUGUUGCUGAGGCUGCGCUGCCCUCCCCAGGUUCAAACGAACUUUUCUGUAGGCCUUUGUGGCUGCAUUCGGAUUUUUGUGUAGAAGAGCAGCACGGAGCCACCUGCUGCAGCAGCAGCCCAGCCACAAACUGCAGCAGCAGCAGCAGCAGCAGCAGCAGCAGCAGCAGCAGCAGCUGCGACCCUGUGGUCUCCGUGAGCGCGUUUGAGGACACUUUAGUUCUGAGCACUCGGCACUCUGUCUUUGUGUAUUUGAGGGAGCUAGAGGCAGCACAAAGAGAGCCAGCAGCAAACACAAAGCAGCAGCAGCAGCAGCAGCAGCAGCAGCAGCAGCAGCAGGAGCCGCAGCAGCAGCGUGCGCGCUGCAGCUGCGCGCUGCCUGCGCGGGUGUGUUACUGCGUGCCGACUGAGGUGUCUGUACACUCGGUGGCCUGCGGCUGGAACCACAUUUUGCUGCUGAGUGAAGAUCAUUUUAUUUAUUCUUUUGGAUGCAAUGAAAAGGGACAGUUGGGGGACAGCAGCAGCAGCAGCAGCAGCAGCAAAUUCGUAAGAGCAGCAGCAGACUACAGCGCCUUCAGGCCCACCUGCGUCCUCGCCGGCGGCGACUUCUCCGUGGCCCUCUGCGAGCCAGCAGCAGCAAACAGCAGCAGCAGCAGCAGCAGCAGCAGCAGCAGCAGCAGCAGCAGCAGCAGCAGCAGCAGCAGCAAUUGUGCUUUCGUGGGGCUCGAACAAAUACGGAGAAUUGGGUUUGGGAGUUGUGGGGAGUUCUGUUGCUGCCAGCAGCAGCCCGCGGGUGGCAGCAGCGCGGGGUGUACGUACACCCGAGACCCCACAGCGCGGGCCAGGUGUACGUACACCCGGCGCCUGCGGCGCGCACUGCUGCCUGCUGCUGACAGCAGCAGCAGCAGCAGCAGCAGCAGCAGCAGCAGCAGCAGUUGGCUUCGGCCUCAACACGGGGGGACAAGUAAACCCUUUCCACUUAAGUCCCCGCGAAGACUGUCCCCAAAAGGUCCCUGUGGGGGCCCCCCUGGGGGCCCUCAGCUGCUCAGACUCCCGCGUGCUGGCCCUCGUUGCUGCGCCCCAAACCAGCAGCAGCAGCAGCAGCAGCAGCAGCAGCAGCAGCAGCAGCAGCAGCGGCGGCGGGGGCGGCGCGCAGGAGGCGCUGCCGCAAGUGGUUAG